AUGGGUAGUAGACGUGCCAAAAACAAGCAAGGAGCUCCACCCAGCUUUGAAGAGUUCCAAGCUAAGAAAGAGAGGAAAUUGAACAAGAAGAAGGAAGCAGAAGAGAAAAAAGAGAAACCCAAGAGAAAAGCCGAAAAUGUCAAUGAAUCGAAGAAGAAGAAGAAAAUAAAGCAGAAAACCACGAAUGUAGAGGAUGAAGAGGCUGCUGAACCCCAAGAUCUUCCCGAAGUUGAUUUGGAAGAGCUAUCAAAGGCCAAAAAAUCUCUAUUCGAUGACGACGAAGAGGAAGAAGAACUCGACGAAGAAUUGCAAGACGAGUUUGACCUCGAGCAAGAGUAUGAUAUCGAUGAUGAUGAAAGUGCUCGUGAACGUCCCAUGUUCUCUGACGAUGAGGAGGCCGAUAUGGAGGAACUAAACGCUGCAAACAUGGAAGCUCUGUCAAGAAAGCUUGACGAAGAGCAAGCCUUUGAGGAAGAAGAGGCAGAGAAAGAACUUGUUGAAGCUGAUCAGAUGCAACCAAGAGCUGAUAUCUUACCUACUGCCGAAGAGGAGGAGAUCAUGAGUCAACAGCCACCCGAUUUGACUGCAAUCAGAACUCGGAUGAUUGAAAUAGUCAAAGUGUUGGAAAAUUUCAAACAGCUGGGAGCUGAGGGUAGAUCAAGAAGUGAAUACACAGAUCGUCUUUUGAAGGAUAUUUGUCAAUAUUUUGGCUAUUCCUCGUUUUUAGCAGAAAAGCUCUUUAAUCUUUUCUCCCCAACUGAAGCCUUGGAAUUUUUCGAAGCAAAUGAAACUCCAAGACCAAUCACAAUCAGAACCAACACACUCAAGACAAGAAGAAGAGAUUUGGCUCAAACACUAGUCAAUCGUGGUGUCAAUCUACAGCCAAUUGGAACGUGGACAAAAGUCGGGUUGCAAAUUUUCGACUCACAAGUCCCUAUCGGUGCAACCCCAGAAUAUUUGGCAGGUCAUUAUAUUCUGCAAGCUGCUUCUUCCUUCCUUCCGGUGAUCGCUCUAGAUCCACAUGAGAAUGAAAGAAUUUUGGAUAUGGCCGCAGCACCUGGUGGUAAAACUACCUACAUUUCUGCGAUGAUGAAAAACACAGGGUGUGUUUUUGCCAACGAUGCCAACAAAGCCAGGACAAAGUCUCUUAUUGCUAACAUUCACCGUUUAGGUUGCACUAAUACCAUUGUGUGUAAUUACGAUGCCCGUGAGUUUCCUAAAGUCAUUGGUGGCUUCGACAGAAUUCUACUGGAUGCACCAUGCUCUGGUACUGGUGUUAUAGCAAAGGAUCAGUCAGUCAAGGUUUCUCGUACAGAGAAAGACUUUAUGCAGAUUCCACAUUUGCAAAAGCAGCUUUUACUAUCUGCAAUCGAUUCCGUGGACUCGCAAUCAAAGACUGGAGGUGUUAUCGUUUACUCUACCUGUUCUGUUGCAGUUGAAGAAAAUGAGGCCGUGGUUGAUUACGCAUUGAGGAAAAGACCUAAUGUGAAAUUGGUAGACGCUGGUCUUGCCAUUGGACGUGAGGGUUUUACAAGUUUCAGAGGAAAGAAGUUUCAUCCUAGUGUUAACCUAAGCAGACGAUUUUAUCCACAUGCCUACAAUGUUGAUGGGUUCUUUGUUGCGAAGUUCAAGAAAUUCGCACCAUCUAAGCACGAUGACAACCAAGCCAGUGCUAAAGAAAAGGAAAGCGCCGCUAGACAAGAAGCUUUGGAAGAAGGUAUCAUCCAUGAUGAUUUUGCCAGUUUCGAUGAUGAAGAGGACAAAAAAUACAUCGAAAAAUCUAAAAAAGUCAGCUUGCUCAAAAAGGGUGUUGAUCCUAAGACCAGUAAACCAAAAAAAUGA